AUGGCUUUUCGUCUGCCAGACCAGACACCACAGAGACAACGUCCUUUCCCCAAGACUAGCCGUUCUUCUACCACCACACCACCGAAUGUACCUCAGUCCAGCGUCAAGGCAGAGGAGGAAGACUCGCAGGAAUGGGUGCUCUUCUCUCCCGUCGAGGCACAAUCUACCGUUACUCACAGCCAUACCACCUCUACGGAACGAACACCUCGCACAGCCGGCCUGUCGCGGCUGAGUGAUUUUGGGUCUCUAGAUACCGCCGCUCAAUCAUCAGGACCACUUCAAAGUGAGAGAAGUGAUGUAGAAGCAGAUCAAGAGCGGCCGCAGGAAGGUGUGCAGGAUGAUGACGUCACAGAGCUGGAUAGCCUGGACGAUGGACUUCACGCCUUUCGUGAACCACAGCUAGAUCAAAGUGGUGGUCCGGCCCUAUUACCUACUCAUGAUGGGCUGGGGACGUUUGAGCCGUCUGGGUUGAACGUUCAAGAACGGUUAUGGCAACAUGAACAGUUUAAUCCUAGGAGAGUUGGAGAAACGAGGCAGAGGAGCAGGUCGAGCGUGCAGAGACAUCUUGAUAACGUCAACGAGGCCCAGGGUCUAGGAAUGGAACAGGAACGGUGGCAGAGAAUCGAACAGUGGCGCAUGGAACAGAGUAGAGUUCUGUUGCAGGAGAUUGAGAAGGAGACCAGACGACGCAAGCAAAGGAAACGAAGGUCAAAGGCCAAGGGGCCUGGCACUUUACAACAUCCACAGCCUACAACAUCAAAUGAUACUAUGGAGAGUUCGUCGAAAGCGGACUCGCCUUUUACAGAUAAUGAAGCGGAGCUUAAUGCUACGUUAGACACGGCCCCCAAUGAUGAUACAGACUCAGAUGAAUCUUUCUGGCAACGAAUCACUCGUAGAGUGAUCAAUGGCCUUAUUGGGAUCGAUGACUCCCUUCUCGCCGUCAUAUUUGGAGAGGCUCUUGUAUCAGAUACCAAAGAACAGGAUGAGAACGCUUCAUCUCAAACCCAGAUGGACGGGUCGUUGGUUAACAACAAAUACAAACGAUUUACCACGUUUGAGUCUGAUGACUCAGAGAAUGUGGAUGAAGCUAUGAGAAAUGUCAUGAGCUCGUCCACGAGGGCUGAUUGGUGGCAGGAACGCCUGCUCGAACGCAUUGCACGGGAAUUAGGCAUCCUCGUCCAUCAGAUAUACGAGCAUCCCCGCGCAUUUACUGCUUACAUGCGGACUAAUAUCGAUCCAUCUGCAGAGUAUGCUGGUAUACCCAUCUCUCAACCCACGACGACGCCCAAUGUGUCAGCCACCGCCUCGCGGCGCCCUUCAUAUAUCAGCCACGAAAAUGGAACAUCUAUACUCUCGCCCACUUUCAUCCCAACAUUGCAAGACACCGCUGCGUCCAAGCACGCUGCUCUCUGGGGCAUCGAAGAAGAUGCACCCCAUUCGUUUAACGGGGCCCAAAAAGGGACAGGGACCAUCAACGAUCUAUCAGAGUCUGAACGCCGCGAACGAGAUCGUGAAUAUUGGGAACGAGAACUAAACAUUAAAAUGGUUUUCCGGUACCUACGCAGCCGCUUCGCUGCGUCAGCAACUGGAAAUACCAGCAUAAACAACACUAACACUGACCCAACCUCUCCGCAACAUAAAACCCAACGACAGCGACAACAUGAUCCCAUCCGCGCUGCAAUCAUCCGCCAGCAUCACCCCUUAGUCGCCCGCGCAGAAGCAAACUCUCGCUUCCAUCAUCAUCAGUCCCCACGUAUCUACCGACAUCACAGCCAUAUGCGUGGCGCUGCUAGCUCAAGCUGUGCAAGCCAAAGUCAGAGUACGCGCAAGUCUGUGUCAACUAAACGUACCAUCGCGGGUGGCAGUGGUUCUAGUAGGCAUUACUGGGAUAUCGGAGGUAGUGCUGGAAGUAGCAGUGCGCCAUUAGCUGUGGGCGGCGGCAUGGGCAGCUGGGGUGAUGUUUAG